CUUAGGAAGACAGAGUUGUUGUCAUAUAUGACAAACGAAUUGCGACAAUAGAAAACAUGGCGACCAGAUUUCAUGGCGGGCAAAGAACUUGAUAGUAACUUUUACAUCUUCCUGCCCAAAGUUUUGACCACUGACCCUGUAGCAGAUGUAGAACACGGAUCGAGGAAUUCAUGCUACGCAGGAGAGCGUUUAUGCUUUUUUCUGAUCGCCCAGUUCCGAGGGAACAAACGAGAAGAUGCAAAUUUUGAAAAUUGGCAGAAACGCCUGUUACGUUUGUGUACAUCUGUUAGUGUAAGCAGCAUUGAGUUAAUGACCAGAAAAGACGACGCACAUGCAGGCGGAUUUAUUACUUGUUGGCCUGUUGGUUCUUCAAAAAUGGAGGGAGAAGACGUCGAUUUGAGGAAAAAGAUAGAACCAAGAAUUACUCAUCGUGGUGACAUCAUUUAUCCAUUGGAUGUUAGACUGAACUCAUUGCCAGCUCUGACGAGGAGGAUGCGUCUGUCAGUGAAUGUCUGGACACCAGAAUUGCAUGUCUUUCAUGAGACAGAAAAUAGGACAGAUAUUGAUUUUAGACAUUACUUGGUGGAUCAUGAUCCUGAUGACCUAAUUGAAGAAUCAAAGAAUGCAUGGCGAUGUAUAGUCAAUGCUACCCUUCCUGUCAUAACACCUCCCACACUUCGCUGCAAAUAUUUUCAAGUGGCUGGAAAGCAUUUCCUUUGCAUUGAAGUUAUCAAUAUUUUGGGUAAAUCAGUCACGCUUAAUGAAGUUGAUGUGAGGACUAGUUAUGACGUGGACAUAGAAAAUGGGAAGAACAUGAUUCAUUAUUUCAGUCACCCAAAACAGGAUUUUAAGCCAAGGUUUUCUUGCUUAGAUGUUUUCCCAGUCACCACAAGUGGCAACAAAGCAAGUACUUUCCCAGUUCUUCUCAGACCUUGGGAACACUAUGCAUUUCUCUUUAGAAUCAUCUAUCAUGAAAAUCAGAUGGCUUUGAACAAGCAACUGGAAGUGGUACUCAAGGGAUCAAUAAAGUGGGAUGUUGAGACAUUAAAGGAAUGCUUCCAAACAAUUAACACUUCCUACAGUCUCCCUGUUUUCAUUGUGAGAAGGUCUUCUGUGAGUGUCCGUGCAAGUUGCCAAUCAAGUGUGGGAAAAGGAAAAAGGUUUCAGGUGAAGUACACAGUUACAAACACUGAACGAGAUGAUGGAAAUGUUUCUCUUGUCUGGAGUCCAGUGAACAAUGCCUCACUGAAAACACUUAGAAAUGCUCCCAUAAUGCAUUCGUUGGUAUGCCUACAGCCAAAAGUUAAAAUUGGGUGCUGUCCAUCUGGGUCAUCACUAACAGUGAAUGUGGAAUUCUUAGCAGUUCAGGAAGGAUUGCACGAGGUUGGUAAAUUUAUGAAGUGCAAGUGGCAUGGUGAAUCAGAUCAAGAAGAUUUCUCGGGAAGCAGAUCUGAAAGACAGAAUACUUCUCCAUCAGGAUUUACAACAGUGUCGCAUUCUUGUCAAAUUUUUGUAACAGGCAUAAGUUAGAUGCAGAUUUAUUCUCUGCUCUAACAGGUAUAUUAAGUCAAUUAUUUAUCAAUUAAUAAUUCAUAAUAUAAAUAUAUAUUUGAGAGAGAUGUGGAUAUGAAUUUGAUUGUUACUUGUAUCAUCAACAAGGUCUGUAUGCUGAAUUUGCUUUUUCUACCAGAGUGUCUACAUGUACUUUGUAUAAUGCAUGUCAUUACGCUUCAUACAUUCAUCUAUUCAUUCAUUAAGCAUCAGCAUGAUUUCCUAGUGACCUGUUAAAGGCCUUUGUUUGCAUAACACAGAAAACCGGCAGGGUACACAAUGGUAUAAAUUACCUGCAGAACAGGAGUAUCUUUUGGCAUUUUGCGGGCAAGUCUUGUCUGGGAGUCUGCUACUUGGUUCCCCAAAUACAGAUACUGACUCAGGCUUGAUUACCAGCCACUGUAAGACCCCAUGCUUCUCCCUAUUUUCUCAGGGAGGAGCAAAGACUCAACACAACAGAGUAGCCGAAAUCAAGCUUAUCACUGACCCUUCUUCAAACUAAAAAUUGUCACUUUCUGCCCCUGCUCUUAUACUUAGCUUCCAAAACCUACAGUUAUGGCUCGUUUUGCCUAGAAUCCCUUCUAACUUUAAAAAAGUGUCUUCAGUUUGGCUUCUAUGUGGUCACUGAUUUUAUGUAUAUAUUAGAAUGUACAAUAUAUUUGUUUCCAUCGAGGAGCAAAGUCUUAAAUUAUAGAAUGACAUAAUUAUUUCAUUACUUGAAACUGAAUAUAGUGAAGAAUCAAGGCUUACAUCUUAUGGACAUAAGUAUGCUAUACAAAGUUUGGAAAUAAUGCAUAAUAAUUUGGUCAUUUAAAGAACCCAUGCUAUGGGAAACAAUCCUCAAUUUUUGUAUGUAAGUUCUGUUGACCAUACCAGAAAUGCAUGCUACCAAAUAACUCAUUUUAGGGAUAUAAUCUAGAAAUCUAGAGAAAAAACAUAGGAUAGUAAGAUCAACAACCUGAGGACUUUUUUUGUAUCAAUAAUUGCUCAACUGGUUUGUGAGAACUUUUGGAAAAUUAUAUUUAAUGAUGAGGGAGUGGAUUAAGUCAAAAAACUGUGAUGCAACAAGAGAGAAAGUCUCAUAUUUAUAAAUAUUUGCAGUUAUUGUAAUAAUCAAUUGGAAUUGCUACAAAUGUAUGAAUAUUAGGAAUAUUUUUAAAGUUCAAAUAAAGAAUCGAAAAGAUUGGA